AACAUCGAAAUGUGUCGGUUCCGGUGGGCCGCAGACAGGUGUUGUGUUUUGGGAGCUGGCACAGCCCGGUGAUACGGCAGAGUUACAAACACACGAAUUACACCGCACAUUCAGGCGCUCGGCUCUGAUGGGGGUGGACCAGCCGGCCCGGGACCCCGGCGGCCCGGAGCUGCCGGAGGACGCUGCGGGCAGGCGGGUGUCCUGCGACGGGGAGCGGGCCACGGUGCGCUACGUGGGGCCCGUCCCCCCCACCGAAGGGCUGUGGCUCGGUGUGGAGUGGGACAAACCUGAGAGAGGAAAACACGACGGCAGCCACAACGGAGUGCAGUACUUCACAUGCAGACACCCGACAGGCGGCUCGUUCCUCCGGCCGGCGAAGGUCAGCUUCGGCGUCGACUACGUGACGGUGGUCAGAGAGCAGUACGGGCUCGACGUGCAGGCCGUGCUCAGCGAGAAGCUCUGCGUCUCCUCCAGGACGGUGGAGUGGUCGCGCUUGAGGGCGCCCAGGUUAGAUGACCUCACAUCGGUUUCUGUUGAUAACCGGGAAGUGAACGGACCGGGCAACGUGGAUGAAAUCCAGCAAACUACAGGCAAUGUUCAGUCUCUGGAUCUGGGAAGGAAUCUGCUGAGCUCCUGGGACGACGUGGCAGCCAUCACCGCUCAGAUGGACAAGCUGGAGGAGCUGCUGCUCAGUGACAACAGGCUGCGUUUGCCCUCUGACCCCUGCACUCAGAGCCACGCCUUCUCCAGCCUCAAGGUGCUCGCCCUCAACAGCUGCGCCCUCACCUGGCCACAGAUCCUGCAUUGCGCCCCCAUGUGGCCGCAGCUGGAGGAGCUGUGUGUGUCGCAGAACGACAUCACAGAGCUGCAGAGGCCGGUGGAUGUGCUGCAGUCUCUGAAGAGUCUGGAUGUGUCCAUUAAUCCUCUGGUGGAGGAAACAGUGCUCAGUCUGGCUGCUCUGCCCAGAUUGGAGAAGCUCAACUUGGCCAAGACGGGACUGUCCUCGCUGCGAUUUGACGACGCCCCGCCUGGAGGUAAAACCGCCAUGUUCCCCAGUCUGCAGUAUCUGAUCCUGGACAACAACAGCAGCAUCACUGAGUGGGGUGUGGUGGACGAGCUGGCCAAGCUGCAGAGUUUGGUGGAGCUGUCGUGUCGCUGCAGCGGUCUGACCAGCAGUGACGGCAAACUGCAAACUGUGAACCAGCUUUUCAUCGCUAAGCUGGGCCAGCUGGAGCACCUCAACAGGCUCGAGAUCCUGCCCGAGGACAGGAGGGGGGCGGAGCUGGACUACAUCAAAAUGUUUGGGGAGGAGUGGCUGAAGGCGGGGGGGCACCCGGACGCCCAGCAGAGCCAGCCCAGCACCCAGUUCACCUCGCAGCACCCACGAUACCUCAGCCUGAUACACAAAUACGGCGCUCCAGAGGAAGGCGAGCUGAAGAAGCAGCAGCCGUUCGCCCUGAAGAAUCAUCUGAUCAAGGUGACGUUUGUGUUCCCAGACCAGGCCGACCGGAAGCCCAUCGAGAAGAAACUCCCAGUCUCCAUGCUGGUUCAGAAGGUGAAGGGGCUCCUGUACCGCCUGCUGAAGGUUCCUGCUGCUGAGCUGAAGCUGACCUACACCAGCUGCAAGAUCGAGGGGAAGGAGAUUGAGAUCGACAGCGACCUGAAGCCUCUGGGGUUUUACUCCAUCGAGGAGGGAGACCAGGUGCUGGUCCGCUGGUCCUGAGCAGCGACACACACUGUGGACGCCGCAGAGGCUCCCAGCGCCCCCUGCUGGCUGGAUAAACCUGAGGCGAGACCACGGGCCGGACGGUUCGCUGUUCUGGAGACGCUGGAGGCUCGAGGAGGAGACGGACACGUUCCAGACGAUGUUUCUGAAACCCAAAACUGAUGGACUGUCCGGCUCGAUGGGAGCACAGGAACUCAUCCAGGAGAGCUCUGACCUCCAAAGAACACGAGUCUGUUGUCUUAAAUAACCGUGUCAAUCAAUUAACUGUUCAUUUCAUUGCCUCGCCUUGAAUCCCAGUGAGCAGAUCUGUGUUAGACAUGUUGAUUCAUGGGGAUUGUGGAGUUAAAUAAUCAUGUGAAGUUGCAUUUGGAGCGAUUUCGUCCCGCGCUCAGCGUCUGCAGCAGAUAACGGGAUUUCUCUGAGGUGGAAGGUCUUCAGCGUCGCUUUGACUCGUGUUUGCUUCAGGAAACAGACGAUAAAACGUGUCUGCAGGGUUUUUAUCAGCAUCGGCCGUCGGGCAGCAGGGAGUCAGAACGCCCAAACAAACUCCUACAGAACGGAGGACGGCCGUCAAACAAUGUACACUUGAAAAUGUAGUCCCACAAUAUAACUUCACUAUAAUUUCCCACUUGUGUGUGUAUCAAAAUAAUGAAUAAUCCUACAGUAAGCAGCUUACCGAAGUAAAACCAGGAGAAACAAUAAAAGAAACUGCAGAGGAAUAUAUUAAAAAAAGGUUUUAUUGUGGCUGUACAGAUUGUCUUUGGCUGAGUGUCCAGUUGCAUGCUCAGUACAGUGAGAACAGUACUUCAUGUCACUCUCAUUACACAACAAGGAAGAUUAUUAUUAUUAUUAUUGUUCCCUCUUUCUCAUCGUCGCUGUGCAGACUCGGCUUCCUCUGCAGAGCGCAGCGCUUCAAGAUGCUUUAGGAAUCUUUGGGUUUUCUGUCAAAUUAAAGCUUUUAUCUGCAGCAAACGA